UCCGCAAUUCAGAAAUCGAAAGUCUCCAAAAUCAUUCAGAUAGAUACCAAGAACUCCAAUACCCCCCUCUUCCUCUCUCUCUCUCUCUCUCUCUCUCUCUCGGCGGCAGAAGAGAGUCAUGUUGCAGUUGUUCUUCGCCGUGGCCUUCUCCGCGGUCCCUCUGACCCUGUACGUCCCUCCAAUUCGAAGCCUCAACCUGUUUGUGGAAACAAUGGAAGAGCUUUUCAGGGAGUCGAGUUUGUACACGGGACGGUUCUACCCUCGCCUACGGUACGCUUGCUCGAGGCUCCUGGAUUGUUUCCUAUGUAACAACACCAGAUAAGUUAUACUAUAUAUAUAUGUGUAGAAAUGGAUUUUAUUUCCAUCAAAACUUGUAACUAUUCCUAGUUUAGGGCUUUGGUUCCUUUCUCUCUUGUCGCGUCUGUUUCGAUUCUUUUUGGUGUUUUUGCUAAGUAUGUAGCUGGGUUUAGUUGUGAGAUCUUGUGGUGUUUUGAUGCGGAAUUGUGUGUAUGUUACUCAUGGAAAUUUUAGAGAAUUUGUGGAUCUGUGUUU